GGGGCACUACUAGAUGUGUAUCCCUGCGCGCUGGGAGCAGCAGCGAGGCUGAGGGGGGGGUCCCCUCGGGCAGCCCGUGCUCAGGAGCCCCGGCAUCCUCUUUGUGCUACCUCCCCUACACCCUAAACGCAGCUCCACGUUGAACUGCAGUAGCUUGGGCCCCCCUGUCCGGCGCCCUGCCGGCGGUAAUCACCGGGCAUGCGGAAGAGGGCCCGCCCCAGCUCUGUCGGCAUGGCGGUGUCGGGCGGCAGCGGCAGCGGCAGCGGCAGGGCCUGCUUCGUGCUGGGCGCCUCAGGGGAGACAGGCCGGGUGCUGCUGCGGGAGCUGCUGGCCCGGCAGCUCUUUUCCAGGGUGACGCUGAUCGGGCGGCGCUGGCUGAGCCUGGGCGAGGAGACCGGCGCGGCCGUGGAGCAGGUCGUGGUGGACUUCGAGCGGCUGAGCGAGCACGCUGCCGCCUUCCAGGGGCACGACGUUGGCUUCUGCUGCCUGGGCACCACCAGGACCAAGGCUGGUGUGGAUGGCUUUAUCCGUGUGGACCGGGACUACGUUGCGCAGGCAGCAGAGCUGGCGCAGGCAGGGGGCUGCAAACACUUUGUCCUGCAGUCCUCCCAGGGGGCAAACCCGCACAGCCGCUUCCUCUACCUCCGGGUGAAGGGAGAAGUGGAGAACCUGGUCCGAGCUGUUGGUUUUGAUCGCUGUACCAUUCUCCGGCCAGCGGUGCUGCUGUGCAAUCGCCAGGAGUCCCGGCCCAUGGAGUGGAUAGCCCAGCAGUUUCUGAGUGUUGUGGCUUGGGUCUUCCCUACCGCCUACUCAAUACCUGUGAAAACGGUGGCAAGGGCUAUGGUGGCCAGUGUGCUGCAGCCAGGCAAGGGGAAGGUGGAGGUGCUGGAGAAUGGAGACAUCCACAAGCUGGGAAAGGCAGUGCCACAGCAGGGCACAUAGAGUCAAAGGGAUGGGCAGGAAAGAGCUUGAUUCUGGGCCAAGGAUGAAUGCACACCUGGGAGAGGAGCAAGGUGUGUGCAUGGCCAGCAUAGAGGUAGAGGUGCGCUUUGCACGGCGGCUGAUUCUGUCAACUGAUCAAAAAUGCAGGUGCUGGUUGGUGGGUGACAAGAAACUGUGCUAUGCUGCUGGGAUCUAGCAUGCAAACCUCAGUAAAAAUGGUGUAACCCAGGCAAUUUCUUGAAUUCAGGAGUUAAAUAAAAUCCUGUGACUGGUCUGUUUGUGCCA